GCCUUUUAUCAUCGCAUUCUCCAUCAGAAAUGGCUCGUGAACCUACACUCGCUGAGGCUCUUAGAGAAACAAAAAGAAGAAGAACAGAGUACCGGACAGCAGCAAUUCUAGAUUCACAAGCAGCUCAGAGCUCUAAUCCAACUAGUGAACAACCAGCAGCAGCCCUAAAUUCACAAGCAGCUCAGCGCUCACGCCCUGCUAAGGAAACAACUGUUGCAGAGACUUCAACGAGACGGCGCCGACGAACUAGAGAACACAGGAGAGAUUACUUCAAUACGAGGAUGGGGCCAAAGCUGAUGUUUGAUCUUGUCCAGAGGCUCUCACCACGACAGAAACAAGCUGUCGUAGAAACUGGAUUUGGUGGACUUCUUCAUCUCCAACUCUGCACCAAUGAAUCAAAGUUGGUGCAAUACCUGCUGGACAACUUUAAUGUUUGCAGGUGUGAUUUUGUAUUAGAUGAUGAUAGUCUCCACAUUGAAGAGGAAGAUGUCGAAUACACGUUGGGAAUCCCGCGAGGGCCUCUGAAGGAGGUGGGGUAUUACAGCAGGCUCGCCAAUAACUACACAGAUGCCAGAUGA